UCCAUCGACCGCUUCUGAAUUACACCAAGGAUGACUUGAUCGCCAUCUGUGAAGAAUUGAACGUUAAUUGGUUCGAAGAUCAUACCAAUGCUGAUAUGACGCUGACCCUGCGGAACGCAAUCCGUCAUCUGCAAAAGCAGGACUGCUUUCCUGUUGCUUUGCAGACAGAGAAUCUGCUCGCUUUGUCUAGCAGACUACUUCGAGGCCGGCAGAGGUAUGAAGACCGAGCGACUGAGCUCUUCUAUUCCAUCCCAGCAACUCUCGAUCUGGCUUCUGGCUCCGUCAGUUUCUCGCUUUCGCCGGACUUCAAGGCCGGAAUGGGAAGUGCGAAAGCCGAUCGCCAUGUUCUCGCAUUGCUACUGCGUAAGCUGCUGCUUCUUGUCGCGCCACAUCGCAGCAUCUUAUUGACCGAACUGGACAUGGGUAUUGAUCUUGUGUUCUCAAAUCUUGGCACAGAAUCGCUUGUGGGUUCACAAUACCUGCACAUCGCCGAGGUCAAUAUCCACAGGUCAAUGACACAUGAGGAAGGCAGAGCUCAAUUCAGACUUCAACGCGCUCGCCCUAUCAGACACCGCAGCUCAGACUUUGAGCUUUGCUGGCCGGAAGGAGAAGCCUUAUUGGAGAGAGGCAUCCGAUGGUCACAAUGGAUAUUGUGGGACAAUCGCUACUGGAUCCGUGUGGGCCAUUUUGGAGAAAUUUCCCCAGAUCCAGGCCUCAAGAUUGCAGUAACAUUUCUGGACCCUGAUCAUAUCGCAAAGACUGGCCGUAGCUUGCGAAGUUGGCAAUCCAGGCUUUUUCACAGCCGGCUCCGUACUGUACCGAGCCUCGUGCAUAACACCCUACCGGCUCUUAUCACGAAAAGGCCUGUCGGCGGGGAUGUUGGAACCGGCGUGGUAGAGGAAGACGUUGAUGUCAUGGCUAUACCUACUUUACGAUGGAACAAUCCAAAGUACAAACUUUCUGAUCAUUACUGGCAACAUGAUGAAGAGAUGCGGAAGAAGCUGAAAUCGAUACCCUUAUGGGUGUGGGAAAUCAGGUACCGGGAGGUCGACUUCAGUGGCAAGGAGCACAAGUUCGUGGACAGCACAAUGAAGCCAGAGCGAGCAGCGGAGAAGGAGAGCGCAGAGGAACCAGGCAGUGGAGAGGAACCUCGAUUGAGGCGUUUCUUCAUCUAAAACGCACGGACCUUAUCCUGCGUCAUGCACAUGACCGCACUGACUCACCCUUUCCCCUUCUCUAUACCAUCACCAACACGCUUUCCUGGCAACUUCAACCUUCUCUUCCAGACACACAGCCAGCCUAUGGCCACUAGCGCAGACACCGAUCUGGACGAGCGCAUUCAGAUCCUUCCACAAGAGCUCCAAGACAUCAUCUUCGACUUCACUCUUUCGCCUAAUUCCGAUCGAGUCAUUGCCGUCACAUCGAACUAUCGCGCACCAAGUCAGCUCCAGAUCUCGCGCAAAUCACGCGAUGUCGCUGCGGCACGCUACUACUCAAGCAAUGCCUUCACAUUCACAACAGGAAAAAACACGCGUCAGGAAGUUUUCUAUUUCAUCCAGAAGUGGGUGGCGAGCUUGCCACGCCUACACGCUUCGAUGCUCCGCGAGCUUCGUUUACCAAUGCUCUCCAAGAAUGAGCUGCAACUAAUAUCUAGGCGGGCCUUCUCAUCUGGUUUCGUCCUGCGACUUCGCGUGGACCAGAUUCGAUAUUUAGUGAAGGAGAAAGGAAUCGAUUUGGAAGAAGAAAUGGAGAGUGAGAGGAAAUGGUGUAGCCUCAAAGAUGCGAAUGACGCGCGGGUGGGUGGGAUCACCACAGGGUGGUAUUGUGGUAUGAAGACUCGACUCGAAUGCCGACGAGAAAUUACUGCGAAAGAAGGCCGAGGCGAAUGGUUCGAAGUGAACUUACGGUCAAUGGCUUGGGAUACACGUUACACAGCAGCGGGAGCGGGAGGAAGUUGGCGGUCUCUGAUGGCCAACAUAUUCGAGCCCAACCAACGAUAUAGGAUAGCUUUCCCAUGGAGCGAAGAACUUAUUGAUCGUAAAGUGAGCAUGAAGCAUGAUUUUUCAGUAGAGCGCAGACGAUCACAGGAGAAGGUAAGUAGCGCCUGGAUGUACACAUGCUCCCCAAUAGAUCAGAAUGGACAUCGCUACCCUUCUCUCAAAGCUGACUAUUACGAUAGGCCAUGGGCUGCUCCGCAAGCUCAAGUAACUCCAGCAGCCGACCCAAGAACUUUAGCUCGUUCUAAGACCAACUUAUCCCUCUCCCGUGGCUAUACCUACCCAAUUGAUAGCUCCAAUACCAGCUCAGACCAGGCCGCACAACAAUCCCUCGCAUGCCCCACAGCACAGCACAGCGGUUCGGAUUCAUACGUCCAGCCCUACUACCCUCAAAGCUUGCAGAUCUUUGUCGGCGACGACGGCGGAAAUUUUGAGUACGCUGCUGUUGUGUUCCCUGGGUUAGUGCUGAUUCUCGCAGAUCACUAUACUUAUACUUACAGUGCAACCACGAACCGACGACACUGCUGCUCCUCCGCAACAGCCGACUUUUCUCGAGGUUCGGGAGCGAGUGCUCUAGCAGAACAGCGCGCAAGUGGAAUUUUCCAAACCGUGAAAGCAGAGGGGCUUGACAGACAUGAUCUUAUCAGAUAUGUUGAAGGUUCGGGUCCCGAGAUACUUGACAUCGGUUGA